AUGGCAGCCGACAGGGUCGGACGGAUGCGAGCAGAGGAAGUCCACUCAUCAGAUUUGGAAACGUCUCGAGAACACGGAGUCAAACUACAGAAGAGACAAGCUCGAGUGACUGUGAAAUACAACAGAAAAGAGCUACAGAGACGACUAGACGUGGAGAAAUGGAUCGAUGACUGCUUGGAUGAGCUGUACUUGAGCAAAGAGGAUGACAUGCCAGAUGAGGUAAACAUUGAUCAUCUGUUAGACCUGGCUAGCAAUGAAGAGCGAGUGAAAAAGUUAAAGGAGAUCCUUCAGACGUGCAGCAACAACACAGAGGCCUUCAUCGGAGAGCUGUUGGUCAAGCUGGAGGGCCUUCACAAGCAGGAGGAGCUGGCUACCGAGGGCAUCGAACACCCCUCCCACUACAACCACGCCCAGCACCACCAUCAGCCCUACCACUUUAACAGACCCCACUGGCCCCGAACCCACACCCACCAGACCCCCUGAGCUCACCAAAUCCCUGUCAUAUGACCUCUGACUGGGAUCGUAAAACUCUGAAAAUGUUCCCAAAAUUCCCACGAAUCAGGCGGGAAUAAGCAGUUACCAAGUAUUCCCGGGAAUCCUACACUCGGGAUUUCUAGAAAACCUGGGAAUUUUGGGAAUGUUUCUGUAAAUUUGUUUCCCUGUCAAGCCAUUUCAUCCCAGUCAUCUUGGCAGUGAUGGCCCCCAGCCAGUUUGCCCUCUUGUUUGUACUGUCAACUUUAUUUUUGAGUGAAUUUAAAUUAAUUAAAUGAAUUCAUCAUAUUAAAAUGGAGGUAAAUAAAACAUAUGUCAAUCACUAUAGGG